UAUUUCGAGCUAUCGUAGUUAUCAGAAUGGACGCAGAAGGAAAUAAGGUUGUCGUUUGUGAUAAUGGCACUGGGUUUGUUAAAUGCGGUUUUUCCGGUACUAAUUUCCCGGAAUAUAUAUUUCCGUCCAUGGUCGGGCGUCCUAUUCUUAGAUCAAAAGACAGAGUUGGUGGCUUUGAAAUAAAGGACUUAAUGGUUGGAGAGGAAGCUGCUGCAGCACGGCAAAUGCUUGAAAUUAAUUACCCCAUGAAAAACGGGAUCGUAAGAAACUGGGAGGACAUGGAGCAUGUGUGGGACUACACUUUUGAAAAACUCCAAAUUGACCCAAAACAUUCGAGGAUCCUUCUCACCGAGCCGCCCAUGAAUCCACUUGCAAAUCGCUCAAAAAUGGUCGCCAAGAUGUUUGAGAAGUAUGGCUUUGCCCACGUUACCGUCGCCAUUCAGGCCGUCCUUACUUUGUGUGCUCAAGGCCUGCUGACUGGGGUUUGUGUUGAUUCUGGCGAUGGAGUUACGCACAUUGUCCCCGUCUAUGAGGGAUACGCUCUACCCCAGGCCGCUCGGCUGGACGUGGCGGGGCGAAAUAUUACUUCUUAUUUGAUCAAGCUCUUGCUUCUUCGUGGUUACGCCUUUAACAAAACGGCCGAUUACGAAACGGUCCGUCAGAUUAAAGAAAAACUCUGCUACGUCGGCUACGACCUUGAACAGGAAAUAAAACUUGCCAGGGAAACGACGGCGGUCUCGGAGAAGUACACGCUUCCUGAUGGGCGGGUCAUUACCCUCGGCGAGGAGAGAUUCAGUGCCCCCGAAGCACUUUUCCAGCCUCGUUUGGUUGACGUGGAAAGCUUGGGCGUGGCAGAGCUGUUGGUUAAGACGAUACAGAGCACAGACUUGGAUGUCCGCCCGGAGCUUUACAAGCAUAUUGUCCUUUCUGGCGGGAGCACUAUGUAUCCUGGUUUGCCGUCCCGCUUGGAAAGAGAAAUUAAACAAUUAUAUUUAGAACGCGUCCUUAAAAAUGACACCAGCGGCCUCUCCAAGUUCAAGUUACGCAUAGAGGACCCGCCAAGGCGAAAACAUAUGGUCUUUCUCGGCGGCGCUGUUUUGGCUGAACUUACAAAAGAUAAUCCGAAGAUGUGGAUCUCUAAAAAGGAGUAUAACGAAAUGGGAGAAAAGGCGGUUCAAAAGUUAUUUGUAAAGUGACAUUCUCUGCAAUACGUAUAGUAAAAA